AUGGCGAUGGACCAAUCGCUCAUCAAGCUCGUCAACAAGCUGCAGGACGCAUUCAACAAUGUCGGCAUCCAGAACCCCAUCGACCUGCCUCAGAUCACCGUGCUCGGCUCGCAGUCCUCCGGAAAGUCGAGUGUGCUCGAGAACAUUGUCGGACGUGACUUCCUCCCCCGCGGCACCGGUAUCGUGACCCGCCGUCCGCUCGUCCUUCAGCUCAUCAACCGUCCUGCUGUGCCCAGAGCCAACGGCGAAGCAGCUCCACCUGGAUCCGACAAGGGCGCCAACAACCCAGACGAGUGGGGAGAGUUCCUCCACCUUCCUGGCGAGAAGAUCUACGACUUUGAAAAGAUCCGCGAAGAGAUCGUUCGCGAUACCGAGCUUAAGACUGGCAAGAACGCCGGUAUCUCGCCUCAGCCUAUCAAUCUCCGCAUCUACAGUCCCAAUGUGCUCACCCUCACUCUCGUCGAUCUUCCCGGUCUCACAAAGGUGCCCGUCGGUGACCAGCCUAGAGACAUCGAGCGACAGAUCCGAGACAUGGUGCUCAAGUUCAUCUCGAAACCCAACGCCGUCAUCCUUGCCGUCACUGCCGCCAACACUGAUUUGGCCAACUCGGAUGGUCUCAAGCUUGCCCGCGAGGUGGACCCAGAGGGAACGCGUACCGUCGGUGUGCUGACCAAGGUCGAUCUCAUGGAUGCAGGUACCGACGUCGUCGACAUCCUCGCCGGCCGCGUCAUUCCCCUCCGUCUCGGCUACGUUCCUGUCGUCAACCGUGGUCAGCGUGACAUCGACCAGAAAAAGCUCGUCAGUGCUGCUCUCAACGCUGAAAAGGACUUCUUCGAGAACCACCCAAGCUACCGCAGCAAGGCGCAAUACUGUGGUACCCCCUUCCUCGCCCGCAAGCUCAACACCAUCCUCAUGCACCACAUCCGCAACACGCUGCCCGACAUCAAGAACAAGAUCGGCUCUCAGCUCGCCAAGUUCCAGGCCGAGCUCGCAUCCUUGGGUGGAGCGAUGGGCGAAUCCAACUCGGCUGGCGUCGUGCUGCAGAUCAUCACAGAGUUCGCCAACGAGUUCCGCACCGUCAUUGACGGUAACUCGAACGACUUGACCAUCAACGAGCUCGCAGGUGGUGCGCGUAUCAGCUUCGUCUUCCACGAACUCUACAGCAAUGGUGUCAAAGCCAUCGAUCCCUUUGACAUGGUCAAGGAUGCCGACAUCCGCACCAUUCUUUACAACUCGUCCGGUUCUUCGCCCGCACUCUUUGUCGGCACCACAGCAUUUGAAGUCAUUGUCAAGCAGCAGAUUAAGCGUCUCGAGGAUCCCGCGCUGCGUUGCUGCUCGCUUGUGUACGACGAACUGGUCCGCAUUCUCGCUCAGCUUCUCACCAAGAACGCCAGCUUCCGUCGCUUCCCAGCUCUGCGCGAGCGUUUCAACACAGUCGUCAUCCACUUCUUCAAGAAGUGUAUGACCCCUACCACCAAGCUCGUCUCGGACUUUGUCGCUGCACAGGCCGUCUACCUCAACACAGGCCACCCAGACUUCAUCAGCGGUCACAAGGCGAUGGAGAUUGUCAACGAGCGUCUCAACCCACCGCAGCCUGCACACGACCCCAAGAAGCCCAACCCUCACGCCAUCAACAACGACAAGGACCUUGACGUCAACCUCAAGAACGAGCAGGGCUUCUUUGGCAGCUUCUUCCAAAAGGGUCCCCAGAACCAGCAGGCCGCCAAGGCCAAGAGGGCGCUCAUGGAGGCUCCUCCGCCGUCGCUCAAGGCAUCUGGUCAAUUCAGCCAGCGUGAACAGCUCGAGACCGAAGUCGUCAAGCUGCUCAUCCAGAGCUACUUCAACGUGGUCAAGGUCGAGACCAUCUCGAUGGUGCCCAAGUGCAUCAUGCUCAACCUCGUCACCCAGUCCAAGGAGCAGAUGCAGAAGGAGCUCUUGCAGGAGAUCUACAGGCCAGACGUGCUCGAGGAGCUGAUGAAGGAGUCGGAUCACGUCGUAGCGAGGAGGAAGGAGUGCGUCAAGAUGAUCUCGGCGCUCGAGACGGCCAGCGAGAUCAUUGCGACCGUAUAG